UAAACGUGGUGAGUCACAUCACACCAGUGAAGGUGAAACUGAGGAGAUAAUUCAGGACCCAUCACCUGCCGCAUUUAUGUCUUGUGGUGGUAGUGGUACCAGCACGCCUUCGAAUAAUACACCGAAGCACAAACGUUCGAGGAUUGAGUCCACAAAGGAGAUAAUUCAGGUCCCAUCACCUGCCAUGUUUAAACGUGGUGAGUCACAUCACACCAGUGAAGGUGAAACUGAGGAGAUAAUUCAGGAUCCAUCACCUGCCGCAUUUAUGUCUUGUGGUGGUAGUGGUACCAGCACGCCUUCGAAUAAUACACCGAAGCACAAACGUUCGAGGAUUGAGUCCACAAAGGAGAUAAUUCAGGUCCCAUCACCUGCCAUUGGUACCAGUAUGACUUCGAAUAAUACACCGAAGCAAAAACGUUCGAGGAUCGAGUCCACAAAGCCGCUUACGGACCAGGAUCUAAGUGAUUGGCUUCACUAUGGGAGCGAGGACGAUAGUGACGACAGUGUGGAAGACAAUCAGCCCCUAUUAGGCGUCUGUUCUAGGGUGAAAUUGGAAAGGGAGAUGCUUGACAUCGAAGACGAGGAGGAAGAGGAAGUGCCAAAUGUGAUUCGACCUGUCACCCCGUACGCUGUAGAUCAGUUAAAGUACGAACCCUGUGAAGACGAAGACGAAGAGGAAGAAGCCAAACCAAAUGUCAUUCGACCCGCCUCCCCGAUCACAGAAAAUGAAAUCGAUCUCGAGCCCCGUGGUUUAUUUGAUUUUAAGUGGAAGCCCUUCUCUCAAGGAGAACACAUACCUCCCAAGGAGCGGAGGGAGAAAUUUACUGGCGAGUCACCUGGGCCCGUCCGAGAAUUUCCGACUCCAUAUGACGCAUUUACCGCCAUAUGGACUCGGGAAUUCAUGGAGGAGAUAGCAGUCCAGACGAAUUUUUAUGCUCAGCAGGUUGCUGAAAGUCGCAUGGCCCGUGACGACCUAAUGCUGAACAGCAGAAUCGCAAAGUGGGUGGACACUUCAGCUGAUGAAUUGUACACCUACUUUGCGAUUAUUUUGGCCACUGGUCUUUGCAUCAAAACUGACCAAAAAGAGUAUUUUGAGUCAAGCAAUAAACAGGGCAUCACAACAACACCAUAUUUUUCCAAUUAUAUGAAGUACCAUAGACUAUUACUGUUAAAUAAAUUUAUACAUUUUGCUAAUAACACUGAGAACCUGACAGGCCUAACGCGUCCCCAGGCAAAACUAUUUAAGAUAGAGCCAAUAAUUACCCACUUAAAUAAUAAAUUCCAGGAGCUCUAUCGUCUAGGGCAAAACAUUGCUUUAGACGAAUCUUUGACACAGUGGAAGGGACGGCUAAGCAUUAAGCAAUUUAUUAAAAAUAAAGUGGCUUCCACUGGAAUUAAAAGUUAUGAAGUUUGUGAAAGCCAAACUGGGUACCUGUAUAGAUUUAAAGUGCACGCGGGUCACGGUGAACAAAAACGACAUGAUGAUAACCCUGUAUCAGGUAUAAUUCCAUCCCUUGUUCUUGAGCUAAUAAAAGGGCUCGAGAAUAAAGGACACACCUUGUGGAUGGACAACUAUUACAACAGUCCACCACUUGCCCGUGUCCUUAAAUCUUUAGGGAUCGAUUGUGUUGGCACAUUGCGGACAAACCGCAAAUGUGUGCCUCAAGAAUUGGCAAACCUGCAAAAAACGGACAUGGCGAGGGGUCAAAUCUCUGCUUUCACGAGUGGGGACAUCGACAUCUUGGUAUGGCGGGAUACCAAUCGCGUAGCGAUGAUAUCUACGUACCAUGGUGUCGGCGUUCACACUGUGGAAGAAAAGACUAAGCCCACUGUAGUCUGCGACUACAACUUAUUUAUGGGAGGCGUCGACAAGAAGGACCAGAUGCUGAGUACCUAUCCUUUGGAAAGGAAGCGUACUAGCAUUUGGUACAAAAAGUUUUUUCGGCGCCUCCUAAAUGUAAGUGUACUAAAUGCAUAUGUUCUGCACAAAAAUAAUACACAAGAGGGUGCUAAUGUCUCGCACAGGUCUUUUCGUCAGAAAUUGAUUAAACAACUUCUGGAAAACCACUUCAAGGGACCUGAAAUCAAAACGGCUGUUGUUUCAUCCGACCUCGGAACACCUGUGCUUUCCCAGGAGGUGUUAAACCACUUCCCGAUGGAGUACGGGAUAGUUCCUGGUUGCGCCAAAAACAACCGUAUCCGACGGACUUGUGUGGUUUGCCAUAAGCGUCAAUCAUAUUACUGUCCGGCCUGCGACAAGCCCCUCUGCAUCACAUGCACCAAAUUAUAUCACAGUAGGCCUAGGAAAUAAGGCAUGCAAAAAUUUCGGUUUAGUUUAGGUUUAUUUUCAUAUUAUACAUUGUAUGGCAAGCGACCGCGAAUAUACAGUUUUUUAAACACGUGUAUUUGGGGUUUUCUCAUUCUCGUUGAUUAACUACUUUGGAAAAUUACUCUGCCCUAUACUACGUGUGUUUUGACACGCACUUGGCCAAAUUUAUUAAGUACUUUUUGUCGCAUAACGAAUAAUUCGUUCGUUCGUCGUGAAUGUGAAUAAUACAUGCAUUUUAUCUAUCUUCCUUCUUAAAUAAAUCGGUUGAAGAAAACUGAUUCUUAGCAACAUUUGACCCAAACAUGCAAACAUUGCAAAAUUAUUAAAAGCAUGUAGGUAAAAGUCGUAGGUAAGUAAUAAAGUAGUAGACGGCAGCAGUAGCUGCUCGCGCUAAAUGCUGCCGUCUGAUCCCAAGAGAUUAUCUCGUAGGGCUGCUUAAUUUCAUCCUAGACUGCAUCCCACUUAACAUCAGGUGCGAUUGUGGUCAAAUAACUGCCUUGUUAUGCAUAAAAAAAACUACAUCUCAACCUCUAAAUACACAUUCUAUUAAGCAACCACUACCUUUGCUUAGUUUGGGACUAGAUGGCUCUGUGUAGUCCUGUGUCUUCUAGGUGGGCCCUAGGGAAUAUGCUCUCCGGCGGGCCCACUUUGAAUUAAUGUUUACAACAAAACUAUAGAUAUUGUACAUUUUUUUAAGUUAAGGCUAUAAUUAUAUACAUUUUUUAUACAUUUCUUUCGUACCUAUUCU